AUGGGGCGCAAAGGCCCCUCUUCGGGGCGCCGCGGCCCCGCGAAGGAGAAAAGGGACCCUGAGCUCUUCAGCGAAUCGGAUGACGAGCAGAUAAUUGACGACGCGUUCGCGCAGGGCAAGGGGAAGGUCAAGCUGGGAGGGGGCGGCGAGGACUCGGACGAGAUCGACGAAGAGGCUGUGUACGACCUCAGCGAUUCAGAUGAGGAGUCCGGCAGCGAUGAAGGCGACGAGGAGGAUGAGGACGAUGGCGAGCCAGACCUGGACGAAGAAAUCGAGCGGGGCGGACGUGCCGGCCGACUGGCCAAGCAGGCCAAGUAUCUGGAGGAGCGCCUGAAGCUACAGCAGAAGGAGGACGAGGACGAGGGGCCCAGCGAGGGCGAGGACGCGGAGGAGGAGGCGCGGGAGCGGCUGUGGGGCACAAGCAAGGGCGCCUACUACGGCGGAGACGACGCGGAGGCCGUGUCAGACGAGGAGGACGCGUUGAAGGGGGAGGAGGAGGAGGCGGUGCGCCUGCAGGCCCAGCGCGCGGCGCGGCUGGACGACGACGACUACGGCCUGGGCCAUGACGUCAUGGGCGGCGGCGCGGGGGCGGGGCCGUCGCAGCACCCCCCCCCCUCACUCUGCGCACCGCGCUGCCCCGCCGGCUCUGUUCUAUCUGACUUUCUUUCCCCAGAGGAGCGCAUGUCUGCGCUGCUGGCGGACGCCCCCGAGCUGACGUCACUGCUGGCGGAGCUGCAGGCCUCACUGGCAGAGCGGCCUCCCAACCCCUCCUGGUUGAGGUGA